CACCAGGUUCCCCACGUCGCCUCCUCGCCCCAGUGUCUCGGCCGGAUGCCCCUAAAAUAUCCCAGCCCCCCAGAACCCUAGGGAAUUCCUCCCCCCCCCCAGGAUUGAGUCCAAACUUGGCGCGCUCACACACCCCUAUUGGACUCACUUUGGGGGCUUGAAGCUCCGGCCCGGCCCCCCGCCGAGCCGGGAAAGCUCCGGUUUGUUUUCCCGGCGCCCGGGAUACAGGAUGGGCCCCACCCCCGGAGUCGGGAGGAGCUGGAGCGGAGAAGCGCGUUCGGCGCGAGUCCUGGGUGGAGGGGCCGGGGCCGCCACCUUCUGUCCACAGGUGCCGCGGGCCGUAAGCUCACCCCACCCUCGCGCGCCAUGGGCUCGGACGUCUGGGUCGGCCCUUGGCGGCCGCACCGGCCCCGCGGCCCCAUCGCAGCGCUCUACAGAGGCCCGGGGCCCAAGUACAUGCUGCCACCGAACACCGGCUACAUCCUGCACGACCCGUCGCGGCCCCGCGCCCCGGCGUUCUCCUUCGGCGCGCGCCUCCCCACGCAGCAGACUUCGUGCGGCCCCGGGCCCGGCCACCUGAUUCCAGCUCGUAUGACCGUGCGCGGCCCCGACGGCACCCCCGCCUACUCCAUCCACGGCCGUCCGCGCCACGCAGCGCCCUUCCUCACUCCGGGACCCGGCAGGUACUUCCCAGAACGAGCUGGGAACGCGACGUACCCCAGUGCGCCUCGGCACACCAUCGCCCCCCGAAACUGGGGCAUCCACGCGGAGCCGCAGACCCCAGGCCCCGGGGCCUACACUGUGCCCUCGCUCUUGGGUCCGCGUGUCAUCGGUAAAGUCUCGGCCCCAACUUACUCCAUCUGUGGCCGCAGCGCAGUGGGCAGCUGCUUCGAGGACCUCAGCAAGACCCCGGGUCCCUGCGCCUACCACGUGGUGAACACUGGGAUCUACAAGCCUCGGGCCCCCCAGUUCUCGAUGCUGGCGCGGAAUUCACUCCCCCAGGACAACACCCUGAAUCCGGGACCCGCAGCCUACAACGUGGACCAAGGGCACCGCAAGCCCGGCGGCUGGAGCUUCGGGAUCCGGCACUCGGACCACCUGGCCCGGGUCCUGACCUACGCGGAUGACUGACCCGCUGGGCGGGCGUGGCCCCACAAACGUUUGCUUAAAGCCUCCCGAGCCAG